UGGAUCUCGCUCAUCCACUCUUGCCUUUCCCUCUCCCUCCGUCUCCCUCUUCGCUCUCUCUUCCUCUUUUUCUUCUUUCAGCCCAAUUUCCCCCUCUUUCUCUUUUUGCCCCCCCUCCGACGUAAUCAUUCUCACUAUUUCCUAAAUUCGAUACCAACCGCUCUUUCGACUGAGUGGUCGCUCUAAAAGCCUCUUUCUCUCUCCUUCUCUUUUUUUAACAUCACAUCACCUACAAAAUGGCUCUUAAGAGAAUUAACAAGGAACUCACUGACCUCGGCCGUGAUCCUCCCUCCUCCUGCUCCGCUGGACCUGCAGGUGAAGACCUGUUCCACUGGCAAGCUACUAUUAUGGGUCCUGGUGACUCUCCAUAUGCGGGAGGCGUUUUCUUCCUAACAAUCCACUUCCCUACCGACUACCCAUUCAAGCCGCCUAAGGUCAACUUCACCACCCGUAUCUACCACCCCAACAUCAACUCAAAUGGCAGUAUCUGUCUCGACAUUCUUAGAGAUCAAUGGAGCCCUGCUCUCACAAUCUCUAAAGUGCUGCUGUCCAUCUGUUCGAUGCUUACAGACCCCAACCCAGACGACCCGUUGGUGCCUGAAAUUGCGCAUGUGUACAAGACUGACCGCUCUCGGUAUGAAGCGACCGCCCGCGAAUGGACCCGGAAAUAUGCUAUCUGAUCUUGGAAAUCUCAAUAUAACACGGCCACCCUGGUCUUCCAAAUCGCUUCUGCGUCUUCUUCCGUUCCGUUAGAUCAGAUCCGAAGCCUGGCGUACCGUGAUCGUAGAUCC